GCAACACUCCAACGUCCACGGGCCCCGCGAACGACACGGCGAGUCCGCAACGCUGCGCAGGCGCACUGAGAAAACGAGGUUGGGCCUGGCAGGCGGAAGAAAAGCGCUUGGCGCCCCUGAGGGCGUGGCCCGGGAGGUGUGCCGAGUGAGUUCCCGUUAAGGCUUCCCUCGCUGACUUUCCACGCGCGUCUGCCGCCAGAGGAGCUUCGGCCUGCUUUCAAGUAGAAGUCCAGCAGACUCGACUUUCCCCCAUCGGCAGGCAGGGAUGACUUGCACCUGAUGAACUUCCACCUGUUUCCGUUGUUCCCUGCCUAGGCGCCUUGCUGCGGGGGGGGGGGGGGUGCCAGACCGAGCUGUGGGGUGCAGCAGGGCUUCUAGAAAUAGGAGGCGUCGCUACUUUAUUUUUAGGCAAGCGUCCUGGACAGACGUUCAACAGGUACAGCUUCUCUACAUCGCUGUGGUGUGAUAAGCCGCGUUUGCCGGAUUCCUACCUGCCCAAUGGCUGUUAAAGAGCCAAGAAGCUUUGUCCUUCAGACGCUGCUUGGGGACUAGAUCCAGAGGAGUUUGCCGUGUUAGUUUGUAGUUGCAAAAUAGUAAAGAGUCCAGUAGCACCUUUAAAACUAACCAAGUUUAUUGUAGCAUAAGAUUUCGUGAACCAGAGCAUGCAUCUGACGAAGAGAACUGUGGUUCUCGAAAGCUUAUGCCCCAGUAAAGUUGGUUAGUCUUAAAGGUGCUACUGGACUCUUCAUUGGUUGGGCACUGGCAGUGGAGAAGGGCAGUCUGUUUAGUCCCUGAGGACAGGCCGUGUUUUGUCUUGGGGAGGGGGGAAAGCUCAGGAUCUCUGCUGUAAGCUCUUCUUCCUGCUCCUCACAGGCUUCCCAACGGAGAGAUGUCCCAGAAAAGGGGUACCAAAAGACCUGGCCCUUCCCAGGUACAGUACAUGGAUGUGGAUGAAGAAGACACUCUGAGCCAAACUCCGACUUCCAGUCAGGUGCAACACAACGUACAGCGGCUCUCACAGAGUCAAAUGGAGGCCAAAGUGCAUGAGCUGGUAUUCUUUCUGCUUGUCAAAGACCAAAAGAAAAUCCCCAUCAAACGGGCAGAUAUUUUGAAACAUGUAGUCAAAGAUUACAAAAAUGUGUUUACUGAGCUCCUCAAACGUGCGAACCAGAACCUUCAGCAGGUCUUUGGUAUGGAGUUGGUGGAGAUUGACCCAAAGCACCACACCUACAUCCUCAUCAGUAAAUUGCCGCAUCUGGAAAGAGAGAGCAGUAAAGAGGAUGAAAACACCCCCAAGAUGGGCCUCCUCCUAGUCAUUCUCAGCCUGAUCUUCAUGAAGGGCAACGUGGCCAAAGAAUGUAAGUUUCCUGCCACCCCUGCUCAGCCCACUUCCUUGCUACCCUCUGUUCCCAACCCUCCUCUUUUGCUUUCUCUCCCUCUAGCUGCUGUUUGGGAGGUGCUGAGAAGGCUACGUGUUGACCCUGGAGAAAAACACAAGAUCUUUGGGGAUGUGAAGAAACUUGUUACAGAGGAAUUUGUCAGGCAGAAGUACUUGGAAUACAAUCGUCUUCCACACACAGAUCCACCUGAGUUUGAAUUCAGAUGGGGACCACGGGCAAUUAAGGAGACUUCCAAGAAGCAGAUCCUACAGUUUGUUUCUAAGAUGCAAAACAAGGACCCCACAUUUUGGACGAACCAAUACAAUGAAGCUGAAGCAGAGGGCAGUUCAGCAGGAGGACGCUAGCCGUUCAGGUGCUGGACUGAAGAGCGAGCCAUCCAAAUUCUACCGGGAAGCCUCUUGUCAGCAACCUCCUGCUUUACUCGAAUAAUGCUGGGAGAGGACUGUUGGCUGUCACUGUAUAGGAACUGGACUUCACGUAAUGUGGCCCAUGUAUCUUGGCAGAUUUCUCCUAGCAGAGAAAAAAAUUCACAACAGACUGGGAUACUUUACCCAUCACCAAAACAAGUUUUCUUGGUAAGGCUGUGUGGCCUUAGCUGCAAAGUUAAUUAUGCUGCUUCCUUGGUGGUUUGUUUGAUUGUUGUGUUAUAGGUAAGGAGAAUAUGGACCAAGUACAGAGAUGCUUUUCAAAUAUGGAACUGUUCCGUGUUUAUCUGCCACUCUAAUAUGGGUGUCACAUAGUCUUUCCAUUAAAAGCAAUAAAAAUUAAGAC